AUGAUGGCUUCAUUUAAAAAGGGCAUGUCAUUUCAAACGCUACCGCCAACAUUCCGCGAUGCUAUCAUAGUAACACGAAAGAUGGGAUACCGUUAUCUUUGGAUUGAUUCUUUGUGUAUCAUCCAAAAGGACCAUGAUGACUGGGUUAAAGAAUCGGAACGUAUGCAGGAUUAUUACAAAAAUGCCAUACUUACCAUCAGUCCCGACUCUGCUUCUGGCGAUCACGUUGGAAUCUUCAGCGAAAAUCGUCUACUGCCUCCAUCUCUGAUAAUUGAGCUGACUAUAGGCGAAGAACUUGGUAUUCGAAAGAGCGUCGAAAUGAAGUCACAUGUAUCAAAAAGAGCAUGGACGUUACAAGAAUUUGUUCUCUCGCCGCGAUCGCUUCAAUAUAUGCCCGACCAGCUUAUCUGGGAGUGUUAUACUAGCAAGUUAUGCGAGUCUGAUACGAACCCCCAAGAUAACGAGUUCUAUGCACAAGAAAGAAAAAUUUGA